AUGAUAUACCUUGGAUGUUUCCUGUUGCUCUGUGGGCUUACGCAUGUCAUGGCAAGUUAUCCCAUCUGGUGGUCACUAGCAGUGGGCCACCAGUACUCAUCACUGGGCACUCAACCCAUCCUCUGUGGCAGCAUCCCGGGUCUGGUGCCUAAGCAGCUGCGUUUCUGCCGGAACUACGUGGAAAUCAUGCCCAGUGUGGCAGAGGGGGUGAAGAUUGGCAUCCAGGAGUGCCAGCACCAGUUCCGAGGCCGACGCUGGAACUGCACCACGGUCAAUGACAAUCUGGCCAUUUUUGGGCCAGUGUUAGAUAAAGCCACUCGAGAGUCAGCAUUUGUCCAUGCUAUUGCCUCGGCGGGAGUGGCAUUUGCAGUGACCCGUGCCUGCGCUGAGGGUUCAGCAACCAUCUGCGGAUGUGACACACGCCACAAGGGCCCCCCUGGUGAGGGAUGGAAGUGGGGUGGCUGCAGCGAGGAUGUAGAGUUUGGGAGCAUGGUGUCCCGGGAGUUUGCUGAUGCGAGAGAGAAUCGCCCUGAUGCACGUUCAGCCAUGAACCGCCAAAACAAUGAGGCAGGAAGAAUGUCCCUUAACGACAACAUGUUCCUGAAGUGUAAGUGCCAUGGGCUGUCAGGCAGCUGCGAGGUCAAGACAUGCUGGUGGUCUCAGCCUGACUUCCGAGUUAUUGGCGACUACAUGAAGGAUAAGUAUGACAGCGCAUCAGAGAUGGUGGUGGAGAAACAUAAGGAGUCCCGCGGAUGGGUGGAGACCCUGAGACCCAAGUACAACUACUUCAAACCCCCUACAGAGCGCGACCUGGUUUACUAUGAAAGCUCACCCAAUUUCUGUGACCCCAAUCCCGAGACCGGCUCCUUUGGUACCCGCGAUCGCAUCUGCAACCUGACAUCCCAUGGCAUAGAUGGGUGUGACCUCCUCUGCUGCGGCAGAGGCCAUAACACCAGGACUGAGAAGAGAAAGGAGAAGUGUCACUGUAUUUUCCACUGGUGCUGCUACGUCAGCUGUCAGGAGUGUGUGAGAGUCUACGAUGUGCACACCUGCAAAUAA